CAUUUUAAUUUGAACAGAGAAUGGUCCUCAGAAAACCAGUGAGGGGUGUAGCCAUUUGUAUGGGUGGUUUUAUCAAUCAAGUUUGUGGGACCCCUCGUUUGAGUCAAACCGUUCAGUGCGUGACUGCGCCUACGGUAAAUACAGCGUUAUAAUUCUUAAGCAACAGACAUACGCAAUUGGAAAGAGAUUAUUGAUUACAUGUUUAUAGAGGAUAGCUCUCGCACAAAAUAAAAAUGACUUCCCCCUCCGUUAUGUUUUCAGCGUCAUAUCCCUCGCCGCUGGAGGAAUGUCGAGACCGAAUGAUUUAAAAAUAGCAUCAUCUCUCCUCUGACAGCCUUCUCUAGUGACUCCCUUAGCAUUGUGGUGCGAGAAGCAGGAAUGCGAAGAUGGCUGCAGAUUUAGGAGAGCUGCUUGUCCCUUAUAUGCCCACCAUCAGAGUUCCCAGAGCAGGAGACAGGGUUUUCAAGAGCGAAUGUGCCUUUUCCUACGAUUCUCCCGAGUCUGAGGGAGGCUUGUAUGUGUGUAUGAACACAUUCCUGGGCUUUGGCAGAGAACAUGUGGAGAGACAUUACCGUAAAACCGGACAGAGUGUUUACAUGCUCCUCAAACGGCAUGUCAAAGAGAAAGCCACAGGUGCCGCAGGAGGCGCCAUCUCCAGAAGAAGAAAUGGCAGAGUGUUCCUAGAUUUAGAACUGAACCGUGAUUUUAACGGGGAUGAGUAUGAGUGUGAAGACGAGGCCAAGCUCGUCAUAUUCCCAGACCACUUCGAGAUCCCCUUACCAAAUAUUGAGGAGUUGCCUGCACUGGUGACAAUAGCCUGCGAUGCCGCGCUCAACGCAGCGUCAGCCUACAAAAAGCAGGAGUCUGACUCCUGGGACGAGGAGAUCCAGGUGUCCAAACACGCCAGGAGUCUCCGACAGCAGGACAACGGAGUGAGGAUCCCACCCAGUGGUUGGAAAUGUCAGAAGUGUGAGAUGAGAGAGAACCUGUGGCUGAACCUGACGGACGGAGCGGUGCUUUGUGGGAAGUGGUUCUUCGACGGUGCUGGAGGAAACGGCCACGCCCUGGACCACUACAAAGACACCAACUUCCCUCUGGCAGUCAAACUGGACAACAUCACCGCAGAUGGAGCAGAUAUAUAUUCAUUUGAUGAAGAAGAAGCAGUCCUGGACCCUCACAUAUCCGAACACUUGCAACACUUUGGAAUAGACAUGCUACAGAUGCAGCAGAAUGGAACAGAAAAUGGCCACCUCAACACAGAGAGCGUUCGGCCUCGGGUCAGCGAGUGGGAGGUGAUCCAGGAGUCGGGCAUGAAGCUGAAGGAGGUGUAUGGCUCAGGUUUCACGGGCAUCAAGAACUUGGGUAACAGCUGCUACCUGGGCACCACCAUGCAGGUCCUUUUCAGCAUCCCAGAGUUCCAGAGGGCGUAUGUUGGAAAUCUACAGAGGAUCUAUGACUACUCACCUCUUGACCCCACCACGGAUUUCAGCACACAAAUGGCGAAACUGGGCCACGGACUUCUCUCAGGCCUGUACUCCAAACCACCAAUGAAAUCCGAGCUCAUUGAACAGGUGAUGAGAGAAGAAUACAAGCACCAGUCGAAGGGCAUCUCUCCCAAGAUGUUCAAAGCCAUGGUCAGCAAGGGCCACCCCGAGUUCUCCUCCAACAGACAGCAAGACGCACACGAGUUCUUCCUGCACCUCAUCAACCUGGUCGAGAGAAACAGUGCUGGCUCAGAGAACCCCAGUGAUGUCUUCCGCUACUUGGUGGAGGAGCGUGUGCAGUGCUGCCAGACGCAGAAGGUGUGCUACAACCAGAAGGUGGACUACCUGAUGCAGCUCCCGGCCCCCAUGGAGGCUGCCUCCAACAGAGAGGAGCUGAUAGCGUAUGAGGCCAAGCGAAGAGAGGCAGAGGAGAACAUGAGAGCCCCUCCAGAGCCUGUGAGGGCCCGGAUCCCCUUCACAGCGUGCCUGCAGGCCUUCACAGAGCCAGAGAACGUCCCCGACUUCUGGAGCUCAGCACUGCAGGCCAAGUCAGCUGGAGUCAAGACUUCCCGUUUCGCCUCCUUCCCAGAGUAUCUGGUAGUGCAGAUUAAGAAAUUCACAUUUGGGGUUGACUGGGUUCCAAAGAAAUUAGAUCUGUCCAUAGACGUACCAGACUUCCUGGACCUGUCUCGACUCCGGGGCACAGGGCUGCAGGCAGGAGAGGAAGAGCUCCCUGACCUCACCCCCCCAAUCGUCCUGCCUGAAGACACCAGAGAUGACUCAAUGAACUCCUCAGAUUCCCCAGAUAUAGACGAGUCGGCAGCGAUGCAGCUGGCGGAGAUGGGCUUCCCUCUGGAGGCCUGUCGGAAGGCCGUUUACUACACAGGGAACAUGGGCCCUGAAAUGGCCUUCAACUGGAUCAUAGCCCACAUGGAGGAGCCUGACUUUGCUGAGCCCCUGGCCCUUCCUUCCUUCAUGGAGCCAGGCCCCUCCAUGGCCAGCCUGGGCCUGGCAGCCACCCCCCUGGACAACCAGCCUCCGGAGGAGAGCAUCGCCAUCCUCACGUCCAUGGGCUUCCCCCGCCGCCACACAGUCCAGGCCCUCAAAGCCACGAACAACAACUUGGAGAGGGCUCUGGACUGGAUCUUCACCCACCCGGAGAGGGAGGAGGAGGCUAGUGACGACCUUUUGGACAUGUCUGACAUCAUGGAGCCCAACGACAACACCUUCUCCAACGCAAACACGAACAGCCACUCCACGCUGUCCCCAGACCAGGAUGCCUCGGGCCCCCGGAUCAAAGACGGACCCGGACGUUACGAGCUUUUUGCUUUCAUCAGCCACAUGGGAGCGUCCACUAUGUCUGGUCGUUAUGUAUGUCAUAUCAAGAAGGAAGGAAGAUGGGUGAUCUUCAAUGACCAUAAAGUGUGUUUGUCAGAAAGGCCUCCAAAAGACUUGGGCUACAUCUACUUUUACCGUCGGCUGUCUAGCUGCUAGACCUAUCCCCCCCCCCCCCCCCCCCCCCUUUACCAUCAGCUGUCUAGCUGCUAGAACCCCCUCCACUCACCCCUCCAACCUUAGAGAACCACAGCCUGGAAAACAGAGGACAACCAUGACAUCAGUGGAAACCAUGGAAACACCUCAGACCAGCCAUGAAACAAAGGAACCCACUCAACUCAUCCAAGUCACUCAAGAGCAACAGGAAAAUGCUUCCAUACUUCAAGUGCAGUCAAAAAAAAAGGGAAAGCAAUGUGGGUAUUUUUUGUAUGUCACUGUGAAAAUCGUGUGCUUUUGUGUGUUGAAACAUGUUAUUUUGUCUACGGUGUUGGUACAGAGGGAUGUGUGCAAUUCUUGUUAUUGGAGUGCUCUACACCUAUAGUAUUAGCCUAUCAGAUCGUGCUAUUCAUUUUCUAUGCCUUCAGCUACUGUGCCAGUAUUUUUAUUAAUGAUGUGCUACGUUUUAUAAACGUGGAGCAUGGUCCUGAAGUGGUCACACAUCACUGCCAGGAACUAAAACUCUCUGAAGCGAAACUCGACAAAAAAAUCACAAUGCUGCUCAAUGCUGCUGGGAGCUUUGCAUGUACAGAUGUAGGAUCUUAAUUUGACCACUGCAGGAAAAUAAUCCUGUAGCAACAGGAAAUGUGAAUUGUGUGGAUUAUAAUUAAUGGAAAUUUUUGUAGGGGUUGAUACAUUUUUAUUUAGGACAAAUCAUGAUGAAAAAACGCAUCAUACUGUGUUUUGACAGUUCUAGAUCUUGAAAGCUUGAUCGCGGAAAUACAAAACAUUUUGGGAAUGUAUCAAAUGUGGCGUAAUGCAACGAAUACUAAAACAGUUUUCUUAGUGAUAUUUUCCUUUAACGUGUGACGCAGGAUAGAAACAUAAUGGCAUUGAAUGCAGAGAAAUUGGCAGCAUAAGCAAGUUUCAGAAUAAGGAAACACAUUUGAAAAAAACGCUCUCGUCUAUGAUGAACACUUACACAUGGGAACCCAUGAAUAUGUAAUAUCCUUAUUGGAGAGUCCGAUGUACGUACUGAUGGUGUCAUAAUAGUCACAUAUCUGUCUGGUUUUGACUUGCAAAUGACAUCCUGGUUUCUCUGGGAUUCAGAGGAGAAACGGUAGCAAUUGGACGAAUCAAGUUGAGUCAAGUUCAUUUAAUUUCCCACGAGAACAGAAUGUUGUUUUUAUUGAAAUCUGAAAGCACUUUUCGAACAGAUUAUUUUAUAUCCUUGCUUUUAAUUAACAGAGAAACAGAGCACUAGCAUAGCAGCUACCUUGGCUCAAAUACCACAAACUGAUAUAUUCGCUUCUCUUGAAUGUGGUAAAAGCCGUGGGCUGAAUGUGUUUUAUUUUCAGACCAUGUUGCGAUUUACUCGUACCGUAUUCAUACCGUUGUUGCUUCACAUAUAAUUCUACACAUAAGUGAAACAUGCCUUGGAUUGCCGUUUUCCUCAGAUCAGAUUGGCCAUGGUGACUAGCAAGGCAGAAUUUUUAUUUUAUUUGAAUCCUUUAGAUAAAAGGCCCACCCCAGUUUUGCAUAAUAUCUAGAAAUAUUUUGUAUACAGUAUUCUAAGGAGAUCCACUUUUGUUGCUCGCCUAAUUUGAUAAAAAAAAAUUGUGGAAGGACAGACAACACACUAACUCAUGAGGUAAACUUUUGCUCUUUAUGGUAGUCCUUAAAUGUUACCUAGUUUUGUAUUCAUAUUCGAUACGCCACCAUCUUUUUAAAUGCAGAAUGGUAUGCAUCUGAACACACCCAACUUGUGUUACGUUAUUAUUAUAGCAAUAUGCACUGGGAUGGAAUCUCAUGUCUUGAGAAUACACCAUGUACUGUAGGUUGUGAUCUACCGCUUGUUUCAGAAUGCGUUCUCGUGCUUUUAUGACGUGGUGCAGUCCUGAAUGUAUUCCUUAUGGUGCUCACUGCAACCAAAACCUAUCUUCAGCUUUAAUGCUCAAAUCUAUCACAUAUCAAAGACCUCACUGACGCAUAGUCACCAACCCUUGUGUAUCUAUUGAUACUGUAUUCACCAUUUGCUCAAAGACUCUCUGCUCAUGCAUCGAGUCACUAGGAUGUCUUCUUCUCCUGAGCCUAUACAGCCACUCUAUCAAAGACAGUUUGUCGGCAGGCGUAGUUGUACAAACAAAGUGUUGCCUACAGUUCAUUACAUAUCGACAAGGUAGUGGAGUGCAAUGUUACAUAUCAAAAAUCCUCUCAUAUUUUUUUUUUCUUUCUAAGAAUAAUUACCUGGGACACUAGCCAAUCAAAGAAUACUUACCUGCGGCACUAUCCAAGCAAAUAAUUGUUACCUGGGGUACUAUUCAAUCAAAUAAUACUUACCUGGGGUACUAUUCAAUCAAAUAAUACUUACCUGGGGUACUAUUCAAUCAAAUAAUACUUACCUGGGGUACUAUUCAAUCAAAUAAUACUUACCUGGGGUACUAUUCAAUCAAAUAAUACUUACCUGGGGUACUAUUCAAUCAAAUAAUACUUACCUGGGGUACUAUUCAAUCAAAGAAUACUUACCUGGGGUACUAUUCAAUCAAAUAAUACUUACCUGGGGUACUAUUCAAUCAAAUAAUACUUACCUGGGGUACUAUUCAAUCAAAUAAUACUUACCUGGGGUACUAUUCAAUCAAAAUACUUACCUGGGGAACUAGCCAAUCAAAAUACUUACCUGGGGAACUAGCCAAUCAAAGAAUACUUACCUGGGGCACUAUUCAAUCAAAUAAUACUUACCUGGGGAACUAGCCAAUCAAAGAAUACUUACCUGGGGAACUAGCCAAUCAAAGAAUACUUACCUGGGGAACUAGCCAAUCAAAAUACUUACCUGGGGAACUAGCCAAUCAAAGAAUACUUACCUGGGGAACUAGCCAAUCAAAGAAUACUUACCUGGGGAACUAGCCAAUCAAAGAAUACUUACCUGGGGAACUAGCCAAUCAAAGAAUACUUACCUGGGGAACUAGCCAAUCAAAGAAUACUUACCUGGGGAACUAGCCAAUCAAAGAAUACUUACCUGGGGCACUAUUCAAUCAAAGAAUACUUACCUGGGGCACUAUUCAAUCAAAGAAUACUUACCUGGGGAACUAGCCAAUCAAAUAAUACUUACCUGGGGAACUAGCCAAUCAAAGAAUACUUACCUGGGGAACUAGCCAAU